AAAAAAUAAUUUCGAAAAUUUUAAAAAGAGUCCAUCCUUCUACAAGCGCAAGGGUUUUUUCCCUUCUUUCAUUGAACUAUUAGUCUGUUGGAUGAAUCCUAUGCAGAGCAUGGCUGAGACUCCUGGCGACACAAAUCCCCAGGCGACCACGACUAUCACGUUUGUCGAUCCGGCCUCGACAAGGAAUGCCGAAGAAAGUCAGGCUGCCGAGAAACUGUCGCGCUCAGCGACAGGCCAAAGCUCGGAUUACGAUACAAGAUCAGUGCGUAGUGUGGUCAUGAGAAAAAUGCGAUUGGUGAAGCGCAAAGAUCAUCCCGUACGCAUCGAAGGCCCUCCUUAUCACACCAUGAAUAUUGAGACGGUCGUUCAAUUGAUGAAAACCGAUGUUGGCGACGGUCUUUCCGAAUCCGAGAUUGAUAGCCGACGAGCUGAUCAUGGCUACAACGAAAUGGAAGGUGAAGGCGGUGUCAACCCCGUCAAGCUGAUGAUUAAACAGUUUUUCAACGUGAUGGUGCUGAUUCUCUUGAUUGCCAUGGUUGUCUCGUUUGUGUUUAAAGAUUACAUCGAAGGUGGUGUUAUCUGUGCUAUUAUGAUUCUGAAUGCCCUGGUGGGUUUCUUGCAAGAGUACAAGGCUGAAAAAACCAUGGACUCGUUGCGUCAAAUGGCGUCUCCUACUGUUGUGGUCGUCCGUGACGGCCAACAAAAAACGAUCCCUACCCGUGAACUGGUUCCCGGUGAUAUCGUGGUCAUGAAGAGUGGAGAUGUUGUUGGUGCCGAUUGCCGUAUCAUUGAAGCUUUCAAUAUGGAUAUUGACGAAGCCCUUUUGACUGGUGAAUCCGUCCCUGUGAACAAAAUGUCUGAUGUCAUUGAAGGAGCCGAUUGUCCCUUGGGUGAUCGUUUGAAUAUGACCUACUCUAGCACGACUUUGACCAAGGGUCGUGGUAAAGCCGUUGUCACCGCUACGGGUAUGCAAACUGAAAUUGGUAAAAUUGCCAAGCGUCUGAUGGACAGUGGUGACAAUGCGAGAACGCCACUUCAAAAGGCGUUGGAUCGUAUGGCUUUGGUGCUUCUUGCCGUGGCUAUCAUUACUAUUAUCAUUGUGUUUGGUGUGGCCAAAUUCAAGAUCAAUGAUCAAAUUGUUCUCUAUGCCAUCUCUACUGCUAUUGCUGUCAUCCCUGAAGGGUUGAUUGCCGUCGUCACCUUGACUCAAGCGUUUGGUGUCCAUGCCAUGGCCAAGAGUAACGCACUGGUGCGUCGUCUCGUUGCUUUGGAGAAUCUCGGUGCCGUUACCAAUGUGUGUUCCGAUAAAACCGGUACAUUGACGCAAUCCAAAAUGGUGUUGACCCGUUUAUGGCGUCCUUCGUCAGGCUUUUACAGCGUUUCCGGCCUUGGUUUCACUCCCGAAGGUGAAGUUGCCUCUGAACUCAAUGAAGAAACCGUUACCAAGGAAACCAUGAAUGACGGUUUCCGUCAGUUGGUCAACACUGCCGCGCUAUGCAACAUGAGUGAGCUCCGCAAACAUGACGAUCAAUAUCACGGCAUUGGUGAUCCCACUGAAGUUGCUUUACAAGUGUUUGCACACAAGUUACAUAUGGGCAAGCCUGCCUUGACGCACCCUGAAAAGGAAGGCGAACGAGGCUGGACUUUGAUUGCUGAAUACCCUUUUGAUUCCACCAUCAAGCGUAUGAGUGUGUUAUGCGAAGCUCCGGAUUCUUCCAAGGUAGCGUUCCUCAAAGGUGCCACGGAACGUGUGUUGGAGAGCUGUAUUGGUAUGCAAAUGGAUAAAGAAGGCGACAUCAAGAUGAUGAGCAAGGAAGAGCUCGAAGAAGCCAUCAUGCCUCAAGUCGAAGUUUUGGCUCGAGGCGGUCUCCGUGUCCUUUCCUUGGCGUCCCGACGUGUCAAGACCGAAGGCGAGGUGGGUCCCGAUACAUUCAAGCGUGAGGAAAUUGAACAAGACAUGAUUUUCUUGGGUCUGGUCGGUAUCUAUGAUCCUCCUCGAGUGGAAUCCAAGGGAGCCGUGGAACGAUGCCACAAGGCCGGUAUCACCGUGCACAUGUUGACCGGUGAUCAUAUUGCUACCGCCACGGCCAUUGCUCGCGAAGUCGGAAUUGUACCCGUCGAUUAUGGCUUGGACGAGAAACCAGCCAAGGAACUGGUCAUGUCGGCUCAGAAAUUCGACAAGCUGUCCGAAGAUGCCAUUGAUAGUUUGGAAGACUUGCCCUUGGUCAUUGCUCGUUGCAGUCCCGAUACCAAAGUCAAAAUGAUUGAAGCCCUUCAUCGUCGUCGCCGCAUCGCCGGUAUGACUGGUGAUGGUGUGAAUGAUUCGCCUAGUUUGAAGGAAUCGGAUAUUGGUAUUGCAAUGGGUCAAGCUGGUUCGGACGUGGCUAAACAGGCGGCAGAUAUUAUUCUUGUGGAUGAUAACUUUGCUACGAUUGUGUCUGCUAUUGAAGAAGGUCGUCGUGUGUUUGCCAACAUUUCUCGCUUUGUCGUUCACAUGGUUUCCGGUAACGUCGCUGAAUUGACGCCUUUGAUUCUCGGUCUCGCCUUCAAGGACAAUGAAAAUAUCCCCGUCUUCCCAUUGUCGCCCAUUCAGAUUUUGUUCAACAACAUUAUCACCAGUUCGCCGCCGGCUUUCAGUCUUGGUCUUGAACCUGUUCAUCCUGACCAGAUGUUUGUGCCUCCUCGACCUACCAAUGAAGGUUUAUUCUCGCGCAACAAUGUGAUCGAUCUGUUGUACUAUGGUAUCAUGAUGGGCUUGAUCUGUCUGUGCAACUUUGUUGUGGUGAUGUUUGGUUGGGGCGACGGUGACUUUGGUCACGACUGCAACAUGCAUUACAACCCUACCUGUGAUACCGUGUUCCGUGCUCGUGGUGCCUUGUUUGCCACCAUGACCGUCUUGAUUCUGGUGCAUGGCAUUACCUGUCGUGAUCUUCGUCACUCUACAUGGUCCUGGAAAGCUCUCACGGGCAAACAAAACUACUACUUAUUCGGCAGUAUCGGUUUCGGCUUUGCUCUCAUGUUCAUUGUGCUUUAUGUGCCAGUUUUGAAUACCGAAGUGUUCAAGCAUCACCCUAUCACCUGGGAAUGGGGGAUGGUGGCCGCCUCUGUUAUUGCCUACAUCUUCCUUGCUGAAAGCUGGAAGGCCAUGAAGCGAAAGUUCAAUCUUUUUUAAGAUUUUUUAGUUCUUCUUUUAUAUACAAGCAUUUACCAUUUUUAUUUCUCUAGUAUAUGAUAGAUACACCUAUCUGCUGUAUUUUCUUCUCUAUCACUCUCUUGCAACAAUUAAUAAUCAUUCAAUUUUCACAUCAUGAUUCUAUUGACCCCUAUGCGUAUGUAGCUUGCACUAUUCCGCUUCUUAUAAUAUAAAAAAAAGGGCUUUCAUAAUAUUAAAAAUGGCAAGUUUAUUUUGCAAGAAAACGUGGCCAUACACAAUUC